AUGACGCCCGCAGCUCAACCAAAUGGCUGCAGCCAUCCUACCAACGACGCCCAACCUUCACCCUUGUCAGUGCCUCUGCGGUCGCCAAAUACCUCCCCCAGGGAUGAAACCAUUAGUUCACAGCCCUCACCGCCCUCAGUAUUGUCGGCGUUUUGCGACGCUAGCCAACAACAGCAACAAGACCAACUACGGCGCAAUCUUUACCAAGACUUUACUCAGUCUCACUGGGAUGCAGUGCUGCAGAGACCUAUUGAUUACAGCAGGCAUCCCAGCGUCCCAGCUCAGGGUACCUUUUAUCAACCAGAAACUUUGUGUUUCCCAUUUCCUUUUGCUUCUAAGGUUACAGUCAGUGAUCUCACCAGCGCCUUGCCACCUCGCGAGUCGUGUGAGUAUCUAAUCAUUCAGUACUUCACCCGCAUAUCUCCCUUCUUCCAUAUACUUCACGGACCGACUUUCCAGAAGCAAUUUGCAGUCUUUUUCAAAGACACAGCCAGUUGCGACUUAUCAUGGCUGGCACUACUUUUUCUCGUGUGUUCUGCCACUCUCAAGACCAUCGAUGAAAGCGACGAUGUCAUUCGUUCCAUCGCGCCGAAUUCCUCUUACGGUCCCAAUAUAGCAGCUAUAUCCGACCGAUAUCGCGCAAUGGCUAUGAUCUGUCUUUGUAAAGAUAGAUUUCUAGUUCGUUAUCGCUUGAGUACCCUAGAGGCAUUGCUUGUCCUUGUCUACACAAUCAGUCAUAAUGAGGGAGCUGAACAAAGCUGGGUCAUGCUCGGGAUGGCGUCAAAUAUUGGCAUAGCGUUGCAGUGUAAUGCAGCCAAGCCAAAUCCAAAUCUAACUCUUGUUGAAAGAGAACGUCGCAGACGAUGCUGGGCCGGUAUACUUCUCUUACAUACUUACCAGGCUAUUCUAUUUAGAGAUGUCGAUAUGUCUUCUCUUAUAUACGAUUAUACAACUAUGCCCGCAAACGUCAACGAUACCGAUAUUUUAGACGAUCGAAUUCUUCAGGCUUCGACACAACCAACGCAGAUGUCUGUUAUGAUUUUCAAGAUAUCCCUGUUACGGCUUUCGGCACGCAUUUGUAAAGAGCUUUCGGACGUGACGCCUCUUACUGAAGCUCGGCUCAUGGCUCUGGAUGCUGAGAUAGCCUCGGAGCAACAGCGCUGGGCUUCCGUAUUUCUCGUGGAUGGAGCGCCUAGCCUGCUUGAUUCCUCCAGCUACGCUCUGUGGUGUGGGCUUGAUGUUUAUGCGCAUCAACUAUAUCUCCUCUUACAUCGAGCAUUCUCACGGCCUACCAAUCGACUACUUUAUCGGCCGCAGUCGAGACAGAAGUGCAUAGCAUCAAGCUUAGUACUUCUUGACAUUCAUCGGAAAUGGACGGAGCUUCCCCGCUUCAGAAGCUAUAGGUGGUACGCAUAUGGCGUGGUUGGAUCUUGCGCUUUACAUGGCGCUGUCACACUGGCGUCAUGUCUUCUGGAACAGACGGGUCAAGGAAUUGAUACUUCUGCCGAGAGAAAGGCAUUUGAUGCCGCAGUCCUACGUCUCAGCAAAUUGCAAGAACGAAGUUCCCUAUGUGUGAAAGCAUAUCCGGUUCUUCGCCAGCUACAGUUAAUGCUCUCUCCAGACAGCAUCCCCUGGUCUUCGGAAGCUGCCCAGGAAUUUGAAACUAAUUUUGAUGACUGGAUAGAUCACAUGCAGUGGCUCGACCCUGAGUCCAUAGAUUGGAACUUCUGGGAAGAGAUUUUAAAGUCGGGGUUAAGUGAUGUACCCUCUUGA